CCAUUAGGGUUUUUACUUUUUACUUUCUUUCCUGAUCCUUUAUGACAUUGUUUAUCAGCACUCCAUUAUAAAUAUUUAGGAGAGGGUUAAGAACAUAUAUCACUAGAGAAAAGCAAAAUCAUGACUUUAUUUACUAGUAAUCUGUGUGAAGAGCACGAACAAGGCAUGAAGAAAGGUGUUGAUGUAAGCAGCAGUGACUCAGAUCAUCAUGAAGGUGAUCGAGCAGGUAUUGAUGAUGACUCUGACGAUGAUCCAGCAGGUAAAUCUAGAGUGUUACUUUCAGAAAAAUAUAGGUCAAGAUCUGCUCAUCAGUUCAUGAGACGUGCGGAGAAAGUUUGGGCACUUCCUUGUACUAGAGAGGAGGAGGAAGACGUUGAAUCCCAAAAACGUGUACUGGAGUCUAAACCGGAAUCAGAUGAAGAAAAAGUGGGGGACAUCGUUCGUUUUGGGAAGAACAGUUACUUCGUUAUUGAUAUCUUCGAGAAAGAGAUCAUGGAGUUGGGAGACAAAGUGGAUUUGAACUACACAAGAUUCAGCAAGUUCGAAGCUGUUUGCGGAGGCGCUCCACGAGACCAUCACUUCUACAGCUACCGUUGCUGCUACUCUCGCCGCUGCGAUUGCUACAGAGGUACCGUGGAGCGGGAGUGGGGGAUUCUUGAGAGAGGAUUAGCUUCUAGGGAGAAGAAGGGAGUUAGCUUCUUUGUGACAACUUACAAAGACAGAAAAGAGCUGAUGAGGGUUGCUGUAACCGUGACAGAUUGUCAUCAGAAUCAUAGUUUGUACUUCUUUGACCUCAAGUUCCCUUCUGAGUAUCCCUAUGGAGCACCGAGUUUCUACUACCAUCCGUAUGGACUUCCUUUGAGUACUCAUGAAGCCCAAAAGCCAUUGAGAGCAAAGCUCUGCUACAACAUAUUAGAUGUGUUUCUCCACAUUCAAGACAUUGUGUUGAUGAACACCAACAAGUCAGGUCAGCAGAUGCUAGAUUUACUGGAACGGCCGCUCGCUGGGUUUCAAGAUUUCGUACAAGGGUUUUUUAGGAAGAAGGGGCCGAUGAUUCUGCGGAACUUGAUGCAAGAGUUUGAUAUGGAAAAGGAGAGGGACAAGAAAAUGUUCUGGAAGGUGUACAUUGCGUUUGUUGACAAUAAAGCUUAUUGUGAGCAUCUUCUCAACAGUGAUCUGAAAGCAGAGCUGGAGAAAUUGAAGGAGAAAGAGUAUACGUUAAGCAGUCACUACUAUGGUUCUUCAUCUCCCUACUACUCAGCCUACAAUACAAAGCCCGAUGGUUUCAAGAAGACAUCCAAAAACCAAAGCUUUUUCAGCAAGUACUUGCCUUUCGAUUAUUAGUGUCUUUUCUUAUCUUUUUGUAAUUUGUUUUUUCAGAUUUUUAAUCUGAUUCAGUGAUUCUUUUCCGAGAAA